AUGUCGACUGUUAUUAUCGGCGGAGGUAUAAUCGGCUCCUCCGUAGCCUAUUUCCUUACCAACGACUCGUCUCCUUACAAGGACCAUGAGGUCCAUGUCAUCGAGUCCUCCUCGCAGCUAUUCAGCGCCGCAUCUGGUUACGCUGCUGGCUUCCUCGCGAAGGACUGGUUCUCACCUGCAGUUGCUCCUCUGGGCGCUCUCUCAUUUGAUCUGCAUCACCAAUUGGCCGCUGAAAAUGGUGGCAAGGAAAAAUGGGGAUACAUGCAGAGCACUGCACUCAGUUUGGAUGUUAACGAUGGCAGAGCGAAACGGACCGCAUGCCGAGGAGACGAUUGGCUGCGAGAGGGAACGAGCCGGGCAGAAGUUGCAGCGAAAGGAGAGGAAUCUUCAACGACCGUGAUGGAAGAAGCACCGGCUUGGUUGACGAAGCAGAAGGGUGGUCGUGUCGAACCGAUUAGCGAUGAAGGCACUGUUGCUCAAGUGGAUCCUCUGAGGCUUUGUAAAUAUCUUAUGGAAACCACUGUCUCUCGAGGGGUUAAAUGGCAUCACCCAGCACAGGUGAUUUCAGUAGUGACUGAUCGGGAUACAAAUGCCAUCAGCGCUGUCAAGGUAUUGAACUCUGUCUCUCAGACUGAAUCUGUCAUUCCGUGUACGAAUCUGGUCAUCUGUGCUGGACCUUGGACGUCUCGCGUCUUCAAUAGUCUUUUCCCUUCAGCGAAGCUCCGUCUGAAUGUCUCUGCAUUGGCUGGCUAUUCCCUCGUCCUACGUUCACCACGCCAUACCCUCGUGCAUGAGCAUGACACUUACAGGGGACGAAGCCAUGCCGUUUUCACGACGCAUCCUCGAGACUGUGGUUUCAGUCCUGAGGUGUUUUCUCGUGAAGGUGCAGAGAUUUAUAUCGCCGGUUUAAACAGCUCGGAUAUUCCUCUCCCCUCUCAGGCGGAGGAAUCUCGAGAAAUCAUGGACAAACAGAAGAUCCAAGAGCUGAAAGCAGUGGCAGUGCGAUUGAUGGGUAGACUAGCAGAAGGCAAUCUGGAAGCGUCAGACGACAUUCCAAAUGUGGACGACCUCGAAGUUCUGCGGGAAGGGCUGUGUUUUCGGCCAGUGACAAUAAGCGGGAGACCCGUCAUCUCCCGGAUCAGCGAGGACUUGCUUGGAAUAGGCGUGAAGUCCAAGUCUCCGCGGACUGGAAGGGAGAAGGGAGGAGUCUUUGUUGCUACCGGGCAUGGGCCUUGGGGCAUCUCCUUGUCCUUGGGGACUGGAAAGGUGGUCGCGGAAAUGGUGGACGGUGUCAAGACUUCAGCAGACGUGAGCGGCCUGAGUGUUUGA